AUGGGUUCUUUGGUUGCCAAGCUGCUUCUGCCAACUCUAAGCAGCCUGGCUUUCCUCCCGACCAUCAGCAUCGCAGCCAAAAGGCAAUUCCACAUGGAGGCUAUGGUCUACUUCUUCACCAUGUUCUUUGUGUCGGUUUACCAUGCAUGUGAUGGCCCCGGGUUAUCUGUCCUCUGUUUCAUGCAAUACGACAUCCUCGAGUACUUCAGCAUCUACGGGACUGCUUUAUCAAUGUGGGUGUCCCUGAUGGCUCUGGCAGAGUUUGAUGAGCCCAAAAGAUCAACCUUUCUGAUGUUUGGCGUGCUCACCAUUGCCGUCAGGAUCUACCAUGACCGCUGGGGAUACGGAGUUUACUCGGGACCAAUUGGGACGGCUGUUCUUGUGAUAACUGUGAAAUGGUUGCAGAAGAUGAAAGAGAAGAAAGGCCUGUACCCCGAAAGAAGUGUCUACACACAGCAGAUUGGACCAGGCUUCUGCUUCGGGGCUCUCGCGCUAAUGCUGAGGUUCUUUUUCGAGGAGUGGGAUUACACCUACGUCCAUAGCUUCUAUCACUGUGCCUUGGCCAUGUCAUUCGUCCUCCUGCUGCCCAAAGUGAACAAGAAAGCAGGCAACGGGGGAUCCCCAGCCAAACUGGACUGCUCGACGCUUUGCUGCUGUGUGUGA